AUGUUCCAAGAUGAGAAAAUCCCUGCAGAAGACUUAUUCAGAUACACCAGACCGAUGGUUCUGUCUAAGCGCUAUGUCAAGUUCAAUCUUCAGCAGCUUAUCGAUGUUGCUGUGAAAGCUAGUGAGGGGGGUAGAUAUUGCACCCGGGUUCUUAAAUGCUCAGAGGGCCUACACAAUACGGCAUUUAUUUUAACAAUGGAUAAUGGAGCUGAAGUAUUUGCGAAGCUCCCGAACCCAAAUGCUGGCCCCCCUGGGUACACCACCGCCUCUGAGGUCGCUACGCACGUGUUGCUACGUGAUGUUCUCAAGAUUCCCGUUCCACGGGUUCUUGCAUGGUCCUUUGAUGCACCAAAUAGCCCUGUUGAGGCGGAAUAUAUCGUUACAGAGAAGGCACCAGGGAUCAGACUUGGCUCUUUCUGGAGCCAAUGGCCACAGGAAGCGAAGCUGAAGCUCAUCAGACAAAUUGUCGACAUAGAAAAUAGGUUGACCACUAUAUCCUUUCCUCAGCACGGUUGUAUUUAUUUCAAGGACGACCUUCGUGCAUUGACCGGGGACGCAGAGGACAUUAAUAUCGAGUCUGCCGCUGCUGAAUCCCUCAGUCGCUUUGCCAUCGGGCCAUUAACUUCCACUGAACUGUGGGAGGGGGCUAGGCGGGAUAUGAGAUUGGACCGUGGUACCUGGCAUGACCCGCAAGAGUAUACACAAGCAUUAGGGCGAAAUGAAAUUGCAUGGAUCAAAUCCCACGCCUGUCCUCGAAUGAAUUACUACAGGUCGGACCAGGAGCAUGAGCUUCCUGAUGAUGGUGUUGCUCUUCUUACCAAGUAUAUGGACGUGGCACCAUAUCUGAUUCCUUCGCCCAUCAACGAAACAGCAAUGUCCAAAGUGAUCUGGCACCCUGAUCUUCACCUGGACAAUGUCUUUAUAGAUCCGGAUACAUAUGAAAUCACCUCCAUUGUGGACUGGCAAUCUGCAUGUAUUGCUCCUCUAUUCUAUCAAUCAGGCGUUCCAAGGAUGUUCCGACAUCCUGGGCCUGUUCGAGAGGGCUGGGUUGUACCAGAACGUCCUGGAAACUUCGACACCCUUAGUGAAGACGAGAGAAGGAUGAUAGACAAGAAUUUGGAAAGUGAGACCAUACAUAAAUAUUACGAGGCUCAGGUUUACAAACGAGCACCUUCUCACUGGGAUGUACUUCACGAUUCAUCAAUUCCAAUCCUCAGGAAACCUGUCUGGCUGGUAAGUGGCAUGUGGCAAAAUCGAGAUCUCUUCUUCUUGCGUCAGUCACUUCUAUCCCUCGCUACCCAUUGGCAUGAGAUUUUUGCAAACGAUCAGUUACCCUGUCCGAUCGAGUUCACCGAGGAGGAACUUGAGCUUUACUCCAAGGAGGAGGAAAAUAUUGAUGGGGUUGGACGCAUGCUUGUAUUGUUUCGAGACCAGGGGGUCCUACCAGUUGAUGGAAUGGUGGACCCGGAAGACUACGAAAAUGCUAUUGAAAAUAGCCACAGAUUCAAGGACAUCUUUGUUGGACUGGCCAAAGAUGAAGCCGAGAGGAAGUUAUAUGAAAAACUCUGGCCAUAUCAAAUGUGAGAAGUCACCUUUUGGAGAGGAUAGCCCCAGUUCCCCCACGGCUGUUUAUACUCUGUAGUUCUCUGCGCUUCAUCUUCAAUAUUUAAUUUGUCUCAGCUUCAUGGACAAGGCUUUCUGCUGGUCGGCUUUGUUGUGGAACAUCCUCCUAGUUUGUCUCAGUAUCACUCUCACUCAUCCCAACUGCUUCACACGUGAACCCUCCUUCGUCAUCAACUUCUUCAUCCUCCGUCUCAUCCUCCGUCUCCUCCAGG